UGCCCUUUUAUCUCAAGUGCGGUGUGAACGUAUCGGGCGGGUGUGGCUUGUUGAUAAAAGCGAACGCUGCGCCGGAGGGGGGCGGGAGGGCUCCUACAUUUGCGUGACACGGGCAGCGAGCGCCUGUCGACAUGGACGGACUUCGAGGUGGAUCUGAAUGGUUGGGCAACAACAAUUGGAACAGCAGGGACAACUGGAAAUCAGGGAUAUGUGAUGACUAUGACCACGGCAAUUAUGGAAAUUCCAGGUCUUUCCUGGAUCCUUAUUCAAGUAGGAGUGAAAGGUAUGGGCCUUAUGAGUCGCAUGACUCCAGGUCUUCUCUGGAUGGCCGUGAUCUGUAUAGAUCUGGCUACGAUUUACAUGAACCAGGACGAGGUCGCUAUGGGGAUAGCUAUGCUGAUCGAUCCGAGAGCUCCUACAGGAAUUUCGGUGAUCAAUACCUUGACCCUUAUGAAGGUAGAAGCCAGAGCCGGUUAUAUGAUAAUGGCAGGUCUAACUGGGAUGACACCUACACACAUUCGAGUUCAAUGCCUAGGGGAUGGGCUGAUUCGGAUACAGGAAGAGGAAAUUACUCUUCCUACAGCAGCUUUUCUUCACUCCUUUCGAAGCCUUCAUCUGUAGGCUCUCGGGGGAGGGGAAUGCUUGCUUAUGGUGGAAACGAGUACGGAGGCGGAACCCAUUCGAUUCUGGGAGGACAAGGCGGAGGCAGAGGCCGAGGCAGAGAACUGCCAGACUAUGGUGUAUUCUCAAGGCAUGGGGGUGGUAUGUCAUUUAACCGAGGUGGGUCUGCAAAGAACGCUGGAAGAGGCAUGAAGAGAAAGGUAUUGCAGCCCAACAAAGCUGCAGUAAACAAGAAGCAGAAAGUGACAGUUGCUGAAAAGGCUGCAAAAGUAAUUGCGACAAAGGUGACGACACAAAGCAGCACUGCAGUGACUGCGGCAUCAAAGACCCAGAAUGCCACAAAUGUCCAGGUAAAAGAAGAAAAGGAUGAGGAUUUUACAAAAGAUGCUUAUGAGCCUGAUGCAUAUGAAUGCUUUGAUAAAAAUGAAGGUAAAAAGAAAAAUGAGGAUGAAGAUGAAGAAGAGAGAAAAAAACUUGAAGCAAGAAGAGAGAAGCAACGGCGCAGGCGUGAAAAGAAUACUGAAAAAUAUGGAGAAGAUUAUCGGAAUGCAUUUACAUGCUCGCUCUGCAAAUUCCGAACCACAGAGCAACAAGAGAUUGAAGCUCACCUGGAAACUCCUUACCAUAAGGAAACGCUUGAGUAUAUUGGAAAGAACAUUCAGUUUGAUAAAGGAGCCGCAGACUUUUUACAUGCAUCUAUGGUCAACAAAAAUAAGAAGAUCGCUGCCCGUAAACAACAGCAGCAACAACAACAAGAACAGAAAGAACAAGUACAGAAGCCCUCAAAGGAUGUUCUGACGGGAGUCACAUCGGAUGACCAAAUGAAAAGGGUUGAAGCUGUUCAGUGUGCAGUGUGUAACACCUACAUCCCUUUCUUAUUCCACUCUGUGCAACAACAUUUGAAAUCGAAUGAGCAUAUAAAUAGCAAGAAGAAUUACCAUGACCAGGUCAGAAGGGAGAGUCUGUUGACAGCCAGCAGCAUGCUGAACAACCCGACUGUAAAAGCUAAAUUUGACCUGUUCUUAAAGGGUGAAAAUCCCUUUGAAACUAUUAAUCAGGAGCAAGAACAGGAGCAAGAACUGGAACAGGAGCAGUCACAGCAACAAGAAGAGCCACUGGAAGAGGAAGAUGAAAUAGAGAAGGAGCAAGAACAGGAACAAGAAGUUGAAGAAAAAGAUGGUGUGGCAGAUGAAUCAAAUGAUCCAAGCAGUCAAUAGUAUCUUCAGAAUGGGCGUUUAAUUUCAUAAAUUGUGAAUCUGUAAAAAAUGCAUCAUAAGGUAGUAAGACCCCGUUUGUUUUGCAACGCUGCACCAAUACUGUUGUGUAAUUAUUAAUAUUUCAAGGCUGAUUGUCAUCAAAUUGCUUUUUAUGCUGUCUUUCUCCAUCAGUGUUUAUCUUUUGAAAACAAAUUUAGUGAUUGCUCUCCAUGAAUAACCAUGUAUUAAACAAAAUUAUUAAAAAAAAGUUAACUCAAAGUUGAAAGACAACUUGGAAAAAGAACUAUGUUAAGUGAUGAAUAAUCUAGAUGGGAAGGAAUAGUGGUGAGACAUGUGUGCAGCUAGGUAUUUUGGAUCCUUUAUGCUGAAAGGGCAAUGUUUGCUGAUUUUUUUUAAAUAAAAUCACUUCAUUUUAUCCAUUCUAAUAUAAGUACUUUUUAGGAUUUGGUAGUAAUUACUUUGUGCAUAGUUUAGUAAUGUGAGGAACGUAUUGUAGUUUUACUUAUCAACUUAUGUCAGAACUCGUUUGGCAAUUGAAUCCUGGUUCACAUUGCAAGUUCUUGCUUGUUACUUGUUUAAGCUACUGUAAAGUCAGUCUGCCUUGAUCAUCUCUUCAUUGAUGUUCACCUGUAUUCCUUUGUAAGUGCUAUCAAUGGCAAUAAAGGAUUUUACAUACGUAAA